GCGUCUUAAUGAAAGUUCUCUGGCGUCGCGUAAUCCUAGACGAAGCUCACAUAGUCCGCAACCACAAAUCGGCCACGUCAAUGGCCGUCAGCGCUUUGAAAGGCAAGCGCCGCUGGUGCCUCACCGGCACUCCCGUGCAGAACAAGGACUUGGACCUCUUCGCAUUGCUCAAGUUCCUCAGGUGCACGCCUUUCGACGAUCUCACAAUGUGGAAGAAGUGGAUCGACAACAAGAGCAUCGGCGGCCAAGAGCGCAUGAGCACCGUCAUGCGCUGCAUCCUGCUACGGCGCACCAAGGUGCAGCUGCAGCAGAAAGGGCAGCUGGCCUGUCUGCCAGACCGCCAGGCCCAUCUCGAGGAGGUCACUCUCACCAAGGAGGAGAUGAAUGUGUACCAGAAGGUGCUGGUUUUCUCCAAGACAUUGUUCGCGCAAUUCCUGCACCAGCGGGCUGAGAAGCAGGCCGACGGCGCGCUGACUUCCUCGGUCAAGAACUCUGCUUACGACAAGAUGCACAAGCGCAUGAUUGCGCUGCAAGGAGCAAAACCGGUGAAAUCCCACGAGAUCUUAGUGCUGCUCCUGCGCCUGCGCCAAGUGUGCUGCCACUGCGGGCUCAUCGCCGCCAUGCUGGACGAGGACACCGCGGACGCCGUCGCCGAGGACGCGGGCCAGGACUUGCUCGCCGAACUCAAUAAGCUGUCUCUGGAAGACGGCAAUCGGAGAAAGAGCCGUAACAAAGAAGAGGAAGAAGACGAAGGUCCCGAGCUAGAAAGCACGACGGCCGCCGAAGCCAUUCGCUCUGUCCUGUCGCCCAACAACCCGGUGUUUGAACUCUCGCGUAUGUCGUCGAAGAUCAGCGCCGUCAUGAAUUGUUUGAGGGAAAAUGUGUUUGCUAAUAAGGACCACAAAGCGGUGGUAGUGUCGCAAUGGACGUCGGUACUGCGUCUUGUUGAAGCAGAGUUAGAAAAGGAGCGUAUCAAGAACGUUACGUUGAGCGGAAGCGUGCCUGUACCUGCGCGGCCGCCUCUCAUUGAUGCCAUUAACAACCCGAAGUCCAAUGUGCGGGUAAUGCUUCUGUCGCUGUGCGCGGGCGGCGUGGGGCUGAACCUGUGCGGCGCCAACCAUCUGCUCCUGCUGGACCCUCACUGGAAUCCCCAGCUGGAGGAGCAGGCGCAGGACCGCAUCUACCGCGUCGGACAGACCAAACCUGUGCACAUUUACAGAUUCAUGUGCGUGGACACGGUUGAACAGAGCAUCCGAACACUGCAGCAGGCCAAGCUGGAGUUAGCCGAGAAUGUUCUCACUGGCGCUCGCAACACCAACGCCUCUAAACUCACCAUUGAGGAUCUCAAGAUGCUGUUUAAUAUGGGCCCGUCGUAAUUAACACAUCAUACUGGAUACUUAUAUUCUUCAAUGCGGGUCAAUAGGUAUAAGCUUUAAAAUAAGGUCUUACAUGAAAAUUUUAAAUUAUGAUUUUGUUAUUUUUAAUAAACUGGCUGGUGCACACGACAUCGUAUACUAUUACUAAUUUUAAUUACAAAAAGCAUUAAUUUAAAUCUUCAGUUCAUCAACUUGAGAAAUGAUAGGUUCUCCAUACAAACUUUGGUCCCC